UCGGUGUUACCAAAUAGAUAAAAACCUGUGUGACGGGAAGUUGCUCUCAGUGUGGCUCAAAGUGGCACCGAUUGGCUGGCCCCGAACCGCGUCUCUGUGCAGCGGACGUCUCUGGCACUGGGGAGCCGCGUCCCAGCGCUACACUUUCAUUGCGGUAACUCUUAAAACGUCGCCGCGAUGCUGACGGACUCCUUGAUCACGCUGGUGACGGAGUGCUUCCGAAACAACAAUGUGACGGUACCCCGGGCCUCUGCGCCGCCGCUGGGCCUGGGCCUGGGGCUGCUGCGGGUCGGGGACUGCCGGCGCUUUACUGAGGACGGCCUGGUGCUGCUCACCCAGGACGGCGCCGCCUGGUACCUUCUGCCCUACCUGGCCGCGGCACUGCUGCUCUUCUUCGUCUAUCGUGUCGCCUUCUUGCCCGUCGACAGAGUCAAGGAUCUGACCGAGGUGGGCUGGGGCUGCCUGGGCGGCGGCCGCAAGGCGUCCCUGGCCGAGAGGAUACGCGAGGUGCAGCGGCUCAGGAAGAAGGGAAACCUGCCGCCCGUCUACCCCAACGGGUGGUUCGCCGUCGCGGAGUCCCGGGAGCUGGCGGUGGGGCAGGUGAAGAGCGUGCAGGUGUUCGGACAGACGCUGGCGGUGUUCCGGGGGCUCGGCGGCGAGGUCCACGUGACCGACGCUUACUGCCCACACAUCGGGGCGAACAUGGCCGUGGGGGGCGUGGUGAAGGGCGACUGUCUCGAGUGUCCCUUCCACGGCUGGCGCUUCAGGGGCUCCGACGGGAAGUGUGUCGACAUUCCCUACUCCUCCAAGGUGCCCCGGACGGCCAGCGUGAAGCGGUGGGAGAGCCGAGAGCUGAGCGGGUUUGUCUUCGUGUGGCAUGACGCCGAGGGCCGCGACCCCUUGUGGGAGCUGCCUGAGGUGCCGCAGGUGGAAAACGGAAACUGGACGUACCGCGGCAGGACAGUACACCAGAUCCUUGCCCACAUACAGGAGAUGCCUGAGAACGGCGCUGACGUGGCUCACCUCGGCCACCUGCACGUGCCCAGCAUCUUCAAGGGCGCCGACCUCAGGGACAUCUUCGCCUACAACACGUUGCUGGACAUAGCCAAACACUCGUGGAGCGGGGAGUGGCAGGCGCGUGGCGAGCCGGAACCCCACGUCGCGGACCUCACCGUCACCCACGCCUUCUCCCUAUUCGGCGGCAGACUCAAGCUCUUCUCCAUGACGGUCAAGGUUGAACAGCUGGGUCCGGGCGUGGUGUACCUGUACUUCAACACCUUUGUGGGCUCCGGCGUGCUGGUGCAGACGGUGACGCCCCUCGAGCCGCUGCGGCAGAAGGUGGUGCAUCAGUUCUUCUCGUCCCGCACCUUCAUCGCGCCCAUCGCCAAGUUUGUCAUCGAGUCCGAGGCGAGACAUUUCGAGCGGGACAUCAUGGUGUGGAACAACAAACAGUACCUCUCCCAACCGCUUCUGGUGUCCGAGGAUCGCUUCAUCGUCAAGUUCCGGCGCUGGUAUAGUCAGUUCUACUCCGAGAACAGCCCAAAGUUCUCCUUCACCAACGAAAACAGCCUCGAUUGGUAAUGGGGGUGAUGGUCGCCACGAUGAGAGGCGAAGGAAUGGGUGUGAAUGUGAAAGAACACCUCUUCAUCCCUGGUUGCAUCCCUCCCUCCCUUCCUUCCUUCCUCUCUUCCUUCUUUCUCUCCUUGUCUUUCUCCCCCCUUCCCUCCAUUCACCCAUCCCUUCAUCUACUCAUCUUCUCCCUUCCUUCGUUCCUUCCUUCCUUCCUUCCUCCCUUCUCUCCUUGUCUUUCUCCCCCCUUCCCUCCAUUAACCCAUCCCUUCACCUACUCAUCCUCUCCCUCCCUGCCUUCCUUCCCUCCUUACUUCCAUCCUUCCUUCCUUCGUUCCUUCCUUCCUUCCUUUCUCCCUUCUCUCCUUGUCUUUCUCCCCCCUUCCCUCCAUUCACCCAUCCCUUCAUCUACUCAUCCUCUCCCUCCUUUCCUUCCUCUCCUCAACCUCAAGCAGUAAGUGGGGCAGUGCGGUGAUGCUGCUGUUCCUGUUUAGUAUAGAUGUGAAUAAUGAAUGGUGGUGGUGGUGGUGAUGGUGGUGGUAGGGUUGUGCAGCGGUGGUGGUGUGGUGAUUUUGUGGUGACGGAGAAAUAUCUGUUGCCUGUGACGGAAAAUAAAAUGUAAAUAAAAUAAAAACAAAAAAAAUGCUGGUUGUACCGUUGUGCGUACAAUGGAUAAGGUGUAAUAAUAGUCACGCAUAGCUUGUAAGGAAAUGUGAAGAACCUUGAUUUACUGCUUCUCUUCCUCUUCCUCUUCUUCUUCUUCUUCUUCUUCUUCUUUUUCUUCUUCUGCUUCUUCUUCUUCUUCUUCUUCUUCUUCUUCUUCUUCUUCUUCCUCAUCUUCUUCUUCUGCUUCCUCUUCCUCCUCUUCCUCUUCUUCCUCUUCUUCCUCUUCCUCCUCCUCCUCCUCCUCCUCUUCUACCCCCUUCUCCAUAACUGUGCAAACUACCAUGACAAAUCUAUUUUCAUUCUGCCAUUCCAUAAUUCUAGUUUAGUCUUAAGUUUGUAAUAAUGAAAAGACAAAUAAAUACUCACUACGUU